AUGACUACCUUCCUCAGCCUCCCCGUCGAAGUUCGAGAGAAUAUCUACCGCUUCAGUCUCCCAAGACAGCAACUCAAACUGCAGGCUUUCUGCGACCCAGACUGGUCCGACGCUGAGAAACCGGCUGGCAUCCCAGCCCUGUUCUUCGUCAACAAAACCAUCUCGGCCGAAUCUGCGCCAAUCUUUUAUUCUCGCGCCGUGCUCAACAUCACACCCCCGAGCCUAUCUUCCUUCCUGGCGAAUUGUUUGGCUAGCACUGGUCCAAAUAUCAACCUAGCCUUGGGCUUGGACCUCGAGUUUUCCUCAUGCCCGCGGCGGCAUCUGCAGCGCAUCACUGAAUCACACAUCUACGGCCGCCAACGUCAGGUCCUCUCGGCCGAAGCAUAUGAGGCACUCCUCCGCUGGCUGGUCGACAACACGGCGGUGCAGACGGUUCACUUGUCUUGGCGUCUCAUGACGAGAUUACGAGGCGCACGAGUAGACCUCAAGGCCGCCUUCAAUCUCUACACUGCUGCCGCGAGUCUGUCUUUGGUACGGAGGGUUUACGUGUACAGUACUCACAGUCGAUCGUCCUGGGAAUCGACGCGCUAUCUCGAACUGAAGAAAGCCUUGAACGGACGGGAUCUGCCUGACGUCCAAGUUUACGUCCUUGAAGAAGGUGGCCAGCAUGAUGCACUUUUGGAUCCCCGAUGGGAUGCACGCAAGAGCGACGACGCCGAAAGACGAGAUAUGAAAAGGAAGCAUUGCAACGAAUGA